UGUGUGUGUAUAUGUGUGUUAGUGAAUGUGAGUACGGGGAAGCAGAGGCCGCCAUUUCAGGGAGUCUGCGGACGUUGUCGCAGGGUCGGAUCCUGAGCUGCCGAAGCCGCCGUCCUGCACUCCCGCGCGGGCCUCUCUAAUUCCAUUGUUUCUUUUAGAUUCGCUCGGGCCUAUCCGCCCUUGGAGCCCGAAAUUGGGGCUGGGCGGUACCGCGGCCCGGGCCUAGCGGCUUAACAGUAGCAACAGCGGCAGCCGCAGCAGCAGCAGCCCUCCUCUUUCCGAAUACGAGUAGUGCAGGGGCCCGGAAGCCCUCACAGGCGUUUAGAGAAAAUGGCAGACGAUAUUGAUAUUGAAGCAAUGCUUGAGGCUCCUUACAAGAAGACUUGCCUAACGAUAUCUCACCUCUACUCCCAUGAAUUCACCUUUGAUUCCAGUGUGAACUGUCAAUCAUAAGGAUGAGAACAAGUUGAGCAGUGCUAAUGGCCAUGAAGAACGUAGCAAAAAGAGGAAAAAAAGCAAGAGCAGAAGUCGUAGUCAUGAACGAAAAAGAAGUAAAAGUAAGGAACGGAAGCGAAGCAGAGAUAGAGAAAGGAAAAAGAGCAAAAGCCGUGAAAGGAAGCGAAGUAGAAGCAAAGAAAGGAGACGGAGUCGCUCAAGAAGUCGAGAUCGCAGAUUCAGAGGCCGCUACAGAAGUCCUUACUCCGGACCAAAAUUUAACAGUGCCAUCCGAGGAAAGAUUGGGUUGCCUCAUAGCAUCAAAUUAAGCAGACGACGCUCCCGAAGCAAAAGUCCAUUCAGAAAAGACAAGAGCCCUGUGAGGGAACCUAUUGAUAAUCUAACUCCUGAGGAAAGAGAUGCUAGGACAGUUUUCUGCAUGCAGCUGGCAGCAAGAAUUCGGCCAAGGGAUCUGGAAGAGUUUUUCUCUACAGUAGGAAAGGUUCGAGAUGUGAGGAUGAUAUCUGAUAGAAAUUCAAGACGUUCCAAGGGAAUUGCUUACGUGGAGUUUGUUGAUGUAAGCUCAGUGCCUCUAGCAAUAGGAUUAACUGGCCAACGUGUUUUAGGAGUGCCAAUCAUAGUACAGGCAUCACAGGCAGAAAAAAACAGAGCUGCAGCAAUGGCAAACAAUCUGCAAAAGGGAAGUGCUGGACCUAUGAGGCUUUAUGUGGGCUCAUUACACUUUAACAUAACUGAAGAUAUGCUUCGGGGGAUCUUUGAGCCUUUUGGAAGGAUUGAAAGUAUACAACUCAUGAUGGAUAGUGAAACAGGUCGAUCCAAGGGAUACGGAUUUAUUACGUUUUCUGAUUCAGAAUGUGCCAAGAAGGCUUUGGAACAACUUAAUGGAUUUGAGUUAGCAGGAAGGCCAAUGAAAGUUGGCCAUGUUACUGAACGUACUGAUGCUUCCAGUGCUAGCUCAUUUUUGGACAGUGAUGAACUGGAAAGGACUGGAAUUGAUUUGGGAACAACUGGUCGUCUCCAAUUAAUGGCAAGACUUGCAGAGGGUACGGGUUUGCAGAUCCCACCAGCAGCACAGCAAGCUCUACAAAUGAGUGGCUCUUUGGCAUUUGGUGCUGUGGCAGAAUUCUCUUUUGUUAUAGAUUUGCAAACAAGACUUUCCCAACAGACUGAAGCUUCAGCUUUAGCUGCAGCUGCCUCUGUUCAACCUCUCGCAACACAAUGUUUUCAACUCUCUAACAUGUUUAACCCUCAAACAGAAGAAGAAGUUGGAUGGGAUACAGAGAUUAAGGAUGAUGUGAUUGAAGAAUGUAAUAAACAUGGAGGAGUUAUUCAUAUUUACGUUGACAAAAAUUCAGCUCAGGGCAAUGUGUAUGUGAAGUGCCCAUCAAUUGCUGCAGCCAUUGCUGCUGUCAAUGCAUUGCAUGGCAGGUGGUUUGCUGGUAAAAUGAUAACAGCAGCAUAUGUACCUCUUCCAACUUAUCACAACCUCUUUCCUGAUUCUAUGACAGCAACACAACUACUGGUUCCAAGUAGACGAUGAAGGAAGAUAUAGCCCCUUAUGUACAUAGCUUUUUUUCUUUCUUGAGAAUUCAUCUUGAGUUAUCUUAUAUUUAGAUAAAAAUAAAGAGGCAAGGGUCUACUGUCAUUUGUAUACAAUUCCUGUUAUCUUGAAAAAAUAAAAACGUUAACAGGAAUGCAGUGUGCUCAUUCUCCCUAACUAGCAAAUCCCACUGUAUACAAAGCUGUUCUCUUGUUUGCCUUUUAAAUAUACAUGUAGAAAAUUACAUUACGGAUCUAUAGGAAUAGCUCUAGAGGAACAAAUGUGCUUAAUGUAAAAAGGCAGACAGGGAUGUAAUAAUGUUUUUAAUGUUUCAGAAACCUAACUUUUUACAUAGCAGUUACAUUUCACAUUUCACUAAUGUUGAUUUUUGGCUAAUGGUUUAGCAGAGGUUUCUGGAGUACACAUUAGUGAAUGGCAAUUCAAGACAGCUAAAGGGCUGUUUGAUUAACAUCUCAUCUUGCACUCUGAUCAAUUGGCAAGAAAAGGAGAUUUCAAAAUUACAUUUCUGGAUGGUAUCUUUUCAAUUAAUGUAUCUGUAAAAGUUUCUUUGUAAAUAUGUGUUCUAGUGUGUCUAAGAUUCCAAACAAAAUGAUCCCUGCAUUUCCUCAAGAUGUUUAGUGAGUCUGGUGAGCAAAGCAGUCUGAGCAAGAAAUAGGAAAUGCAGAAAUAGGUUUUGUCUGGUUGCAUAUAAUCUUUGCUCUUUUUAAGCUCUGUGAGCUCUGAAAUAUAUUUUUGGGUUACUUCAGUGUGUUUGACAAGACAGCUUGAUAUUUCUAUCAAACAAAUGACUUUCAUAUUGCAACGAUCUUUGUAAGAACCACUCAAAAUAAAAUUCUCUUAAAAAGGCCACAAGAAAUCUUCAUUUUUGAAAUGUUUUAAAGUCAUAGAAACUUGAAAAUAGGGUGUAAGUUUCUUUGAUUUAGUAGUUAUUUGGUGUUUGCCUCUUCGGGAAAAUUCUUAAACCAUAAAGAACCUGGAUAAACUUGCGCUCAGGUUGUUCUUGUACAUUCUUCUAUGUCACUGUAUAAUCUUAGCACUGUAUUUAGAGUAAUGUUGGGAUUUACCAAAAAGAAAACCAUACAAAUUAACCCAGGCUUUAAACCUGUGUUGUCUUGGCAUCUUAGUGAAAAAAUGCUUUACUAUUUAGAAGUAAAUCCUGAACAAAAAAUGGUCUAAAUUCAUACUGGUUUCCAAAAUUGAUUUAAUUGCAUUUCUAAUUUUAUUACUGGGGUGUUUUUUUU